AUGCGCUGCCAUGCUGCAGGACCGGGUCGAGAGCGCUCGUACCCGCGACAGCGCGCACAGCCUUCGUUGAAGUGGACGAAGCAGCAAUCCCGAUCGGCUCCCCAUGACAGCUCGCAUACUUGCUCCGCAAGCGCGCUGAGGGACAGACCAGCGUGGUCCGCCUCGCGCUGCUCCAACUUCCGCUUGAACUCAUCGGCGCCUUCCGUGUUCCAGCGCUCCACGAACGCAGUCCAGGCGCGAUCCAGCGACCGCGGGGUCACGGUGGCCGACACCGUGGCGGGCUUGCUACGCGUCGUUCUCCAACGGCGGAACAACUCCUGCAUCUCAGCGUCCCCUGGCGAGUUCACCACGGCGCUGCAGUCGUGCAGCGCCCAGCGUUCCAGCACUUCUUCGUACGUGGACAGUCGGUCGCGGUCCGGCGCCUGCGCCGCUCCUCGCUCCGCUCCCGCCGCAGACUACAUGCUACUGCCAGCUCGCAAGAUCCAAACUGAGUCCGUGCAUGUUUCAUUUUAG